GCGCUGAAGCUGCGCGAAGGCGACAAGGAGUGCCUCGCUGCCCGCUCCAGGUGCCACCUGCGCCUGGGGGACACGCGCAGCUCCCUGGAAGAUGCUGAAGCUUCUCUCCAAAACGACAAAACCUUCUCCAAGGGACUGUAUCAGAAAGCUGAGACGUUGUACACCAUGGGUGACUUUGAGUUCGCUUUAGUGUUUUAUCACCGAGGCUACAGGCUGCGUCCAGAGCUGCACAAGUUCAAGCUGGGGAUUGAGAAAUCCCAGGAAGCCAUCAUCAACUGCAUCGGAGCUCCAUCCUCAGUUAAACUGGAGAAUAAAGGGAAUCUGUGCUUUAUAAGCAAACAGGCAGAGAAUGUGAAGGAGGAGUGCAAACAGGCAAAUCAGAAAGUCCAAAUCAAACUGACUAAGAACCAAAAACGGACAAAGAACCAGAAGCCUGUGAGGAACCCAAGGACAGAGCGAGAGCUGCUUGGAGAGCUCUAUGCUGACAAGGCCUACCUGGAAAAGCUGCUCAAUGACAAAGAUCUGAUGGAAAGCAGCACACAGCACGGGAUCAAGGUAAAGGACCUGGUUUUGGGUGGCAUUUCCUACCUGGAGACCCGCAGCGAGUUCUGGCAGCAGCAGAAGCCGAUUUACGCCCGUGUGAGGGAGCGCAAACUCCGGCAGCAAAGGUGGACCCGGGACAAGAAACAGAAACCCCUGGAGGUUGGCAGAUACCUUGAGAAGAGCGUGGAGGACAUUGACAUGUUGCUGAGCAGCGACUCCCCUGAAGAAAGCUGCAAGAAAGCCAAGCAUGUGCUGAAAAAGGUACAAGGGUGGUCAGAGGCUGAACUUCCCAACAGGAAUGAGCUGAUCGCAGCCCUCUACAGCCGCAUUGGGAAAGCUCAGGUAGAGAUGGGCCAGAUGGAGGCAGCUCUGCAGAGCCACCAAAUGGAUCUGGAAUUCGCCAGGCAGCA